CAUGCUCUGUGUCCGCUAGUGAGCUAUGAAGCGGCGCAGUUUCGAGACUAACAAGCGAGCGAGGCCAGUGAGAAAAAUAAGAGUAGUUGAGAAUGGCUAUUCAUCAAGUUCAAGAUUGCUCACUUGUGUCAAACUCUUUUUGGUCUGGAUACUCAUUAUGGCGCUGGAUUACGCUCUAGAGUUCAGGAUCGAGUUUUUCUGGCCUGUUUGGUUAUUGCUGAGAAGUUGUGUCGACUCUUUCCGCUACCAGGGCAUGGUGUUUAUGAUGCUGUUUGUUGGGCUCGUAUGUAUAUCCGAUGCUAUCUGUUUUUUUCUAUUCCCGAGCCCGUGGCUCCUAUUUGCCGCCAGUAACUAUGCUUGGGUACAACUUGUUUGGCACUCAGAUCGAGGGAUAGGACUGCCUUUUGUCAUCACUUGGUGUUUCUUUGUGUAUGUUGAGGCCACCAUUCGACUUCAAGAUCCACCACCACAUCUCGACCUGAGCAGACCAUUUGCUGCUCAUUGUAUAGGAUACCCUGUUGUCACAUUAGGUUUUGGACUCAAGAGCUACUUAGAAUUCAGCAUUCAAGACAGAAGAAAACAAGCAGUGAGAAAAGAGAACGCAUUUUACUUUGAAUUAAUUGAAAAGGCUCUACCAGAAAUGCCUAGUGACGUGGAAAGCAAGCAGUUAUCUCAGCAAGUAGAUCAGUCACAAGAUACGAAAGUUAUUCAAGCAACCAAUGAACAUCAAACAUAUGAACAGCAUGGGAGAAUACAAGGUUUGUUGUCUUGGUUUUUGAGUCGAAGGAAGCAAGAAGAAGAAAUCUCAUCAAAUAGUGUGGUUGCAAAUGGAGAAGCAAAGCCGGUGAAACAGAACGGAAAAAAAGCAGUGUCAAAUGUAACAGACACUGCAGAGGGAAAAACGACAUCCAGACUAAAACCAAGUCACAAACCAGGCACAACACCAAAACAGCCGAGACCACUACAACACCAACAGUUACAACCACAGGCACAAUCAAAACACGGAAAACAUGAACAGCAAUUGCCUGAACAGCAGUUGCUUGAACGGCAGUUACCCCAGCAUGUUAUAGAACAACACAUCAAAGAGGCACGUCAUGGAGACAGCCACUCACAGCUACCACCACAAACACAAAGACAAACAGAACAUGAUACGACUGGCAGGUCAAACAACAGUGGACACGAAAAGGCAGUUUCGAAGAAGAAUGGAGAAGACAAAAGACCGGUGAGUGCGACAAGACAAAGUACAGACCGUAAACUCAGUGAUAUGGAUGUGGAGAGGCAACUAGCAGAAUUAGCUGUUUCAGAGAAACAAAUGAGAACUGAGAAUGAAAGACUAAAGGCUAGCAACGAAGAAGCAGGACAUAAAAUGGAUGAGUUGAGAAGGGAAGUCCAGCACAACGGAGAGGAGCUCCAUACACUGGGCAAGAGGCUAAAAGGUGAACAGGAAGCGAGACAGACUAUUGAACGCGAGCUGGAGACCGAAAGAAAUAAGUCUUCGUCUGCAGAAGAAAUGAAGAAAAUGAAGAACAAACAGGAAGAAGCAGAGUUCAGACUCAGACACACAGAAAUGGAAAAACAAAGCUUGGAGAGACAGCUGGCACAGACGAACGAGAACGCAAAGAAAGACAAAGACAUGAUGAUGUCUGCAUUGUCUGCAAUGAAGGAAAAGAAUGCACAUUUAGAGAACAGCCUGAGUGCAGAGACAAGAAUCAAGCUGGACUUGUUCUCAGCACUCGGUGACGCAAAGCGAAAAAUCACAGUAAAAGAGGAAGAACUAGAAUCAAAAAGCAAAGUGUGUGAGUCACUGGAGCAGCGAAUAGCAGAACUAAUGGCUCUUCUACCGUCCUCUGCAACCGAGGAAGAGAAAGACAUGCCAAUGGAUGGUAGGAUAUCAACACGAAAUUUUCAUAGUGACGACUCGAUUUACUAA